AUGGUUAUUUCUUCUGAUGAGAACAAGUCCAACGCAGUCGUGCCCAGGAAUUGUCAAGGUGGUGGAAGGAUUGGUGGGCAGAAUAGAAGAACUUUGAGUGUGAUCAAUCAGAAUCUUGUGCAGGGGAGACCUUACCCUUGUGUUGUUAACAAGAGGGCGUUGGUUUCUGAUAAACAUGAGAUUUGUGAAAAGAAACAGGCUGAUCUGGGACAUCGACCCAUCACAAGGAGGUUUGCUGCAAAAAUUGCUGGUUCACAGCAGCAAUCUCAUGCUGAGAAACCUAAGAAUUCAAAUCCAUUGAAUUCAAAACCCAAUGUGUUUGGAAAAGCCAUAGCUGUUGACGAUGAUCACAAGACACCACGAGACCAACCUGUGCCUAUGAGUUUAGAGCAAACUGAACCAAUGCAUGGUGAUCCUCAUGAGAUGGAAGAGGUAGAGAUGGAGGAUAUCGAUGGAGAGGGGGUUUUGGACAUUGAUGGAUGUGAUGCAAAUAAUGCUCUUGCUGUUGUGGAAUAUAUUGAAGAUCUUCAUUCUUACUACAGAAAAAUUGAGUGCAUUGGCUGUGUUUCACCAAACUAUAUGGAAGACCAAGGUGACCUUAAUGAGAGGAUGAGGGCUAUACUAGUUGACUGGCUUAUUGAGGUGCAUGACAAAUUCGACCUCAUGCAAGAGACAUUGUUUCUUACAAUUAAUCUCAUAGACAGAUUCUUGGCAAAGCAAAACAUCGUAAGAAAGAAACUUCAGCUAGUUGGUCUGGUUGCCAUGCUUUUGGCAUGCAAAUAUGAGGAAGUUUCCGUUCCAGUCGUUUCGGAUCUAAUCCAUAUCUCUGACAAAGCUUACUCAAGGAAGGAACUUCUCCAAAUGGAGAAGCUGAUGCUCAACACGCUGCAGUAUAACAUGUCUAUACCAACUGCAUAUGUUUUCAUGAGACGGUUUCUCAAGGCUGCUCAAGCUAACAAAAAACUUGAGAUGGUAGCUUUUUUCUUGGUAGAGCUAUCUCUGGUGGAUUAUGGGAUGCUGAAGUUUCCACCAUCCUUGGUGGCUGCUGCUGCAGUCUACACGGCUCAAUGCACUGUCAGCGGUUUCAAACACUGGAACAAAACCUGUGAAUGGCACACCGACUACUCAGAAGAUCAGCUAUCAGAGUGCGCUAAGAUGAUGGUUGGGUUACACCAGAAAGCUGGAACAGGAAAGCUUACCGGAGUGCAUAGAAAGUACUGCGCGGCGAAAUUUAGCUUCACUGCGAAAUGUGAACCAGCUUGUUUUCUUCUUGAGAAUAACCAGUCAUAG